AUGGAAACUUUUCGAAUUCGAGAUCUUAUUUUAUCGCGAGAACUUGGAGUAGGAGCGACUCUGAGUCUCUCUGAUGCAUCUAUUCGGAGUUACAACUGAAAUAGUCAAGUAAGCUUUAUUUAGAAAUGGCUCACUCAUGAAGCUGAUUCACUUGCAAUGGCUCGUUUCAAGGGAGUAGUUUUCUUCAAUGGCUAUGAGGACUUUUUUUGCUCAAUCAAUGAGGAAGGUAGCCUUGUUUACCACCAUUCACCAAACCUUUCAAUGUCUUUAAAGCUAUCAAAUGCAAAUGAGAACGCUAUUGGUAUUGAAAAAUUCGGUGACUCUCUAUUAUUGAUUGUAUCAAAAGUUACCAGUGACAAGGUCAGGUUUUAUAUGUUUAGCAUAUCAGACCUUAACAAUAACCUCAUAAGGCGCGUCAAGGUCUUCACCUUUAUAGACAUCAGCGACACGAUCACCCAGCUUGCAAACUUCGUAGACAAUUACAUGGUCAUAUGCGCAGGUGACACCUUUUGGCUUCUUGAUGGUGAAUUAGGAUCAUGUGCGUAUAGCUGCGUCCUACGCGAGGGUUACAAAGCAAAGUACUCAGGAGCAUGUUUAAUAAUAUGCGGCUUCAGAAAAAAUGGUCUCAAGUUUGAGAUUCGCGAGCUGAGCACCGGCAACACCUACCGCAUCAACCUAAGGACACAUGGAACCUUAUUUUACUGAGAGAUAAUAGGUAGCUACCUAGUUAUUGGAUAUGAUGAAAACAAGUUAAUUAAGACAAAUUACGUUACUUUAGAGAGCAGGACAUACACGAAAUACCAUCCAAGAACUUUCUUCAGGCCUAAAUCUUCAAAUGACGCAUUAGUAUUUUUCGACGAAGGUCGAGCUGCCUUCCUCUCGCACCUUGAUGAAUAUAUUAUAGUAAAAUCCUCUAGACUCACUAUCAGUGACGCCAAUGGCUAUGUUUUUGUCCUCGAUCAAUUGAGAUCACUCGUCAUUAUAAUCUCAAUUGAAACCCGGCAAAUUGUAAAUACUUUUAAUUUGCCCAUAUUUGAGGAUCAAAUUAAAGGCUUUGGCGUUAAUAGGGACACCCUGGAAAUUUACGUUGGGUUUAAGAAUGGGAAUAUAUUAGUUAUGGGCUAG